UGGACUGUUUGUAGUAUGUAUGUGUCGUUACGAGUAAGCGGAUAUGUCUGAAGAGGAGAUGGCGUCGACUCCGGGGAGGAUGUCAAAGGACGUUGCUGAGUCUCCUGUACGUCCUCGUAAAAUCACAUUAGCGGAUUUUAUUAGCGAAAAGCGCACAAAUCCACAUGUAAACUUCAACCUGAAUUCCCGGACCCUGACACCCCAUAGUUGUGUGACAAGUGUUCAUGGUAGCACAUACGAUAAUGACACGCAUUCUUCCAAUACAGACAAACCUACAUCGACCACAUCAAACCAACGAGACAGUUCUCGGACGUGUUCCUCUGGCGAUGAAGACGAAGAUGAAAAAGAAGACGACGGAAAGAAAACAAGACCAAAAAGGGCUGUGUUUGCAUGUGAUGGUCAUGGCAAGCGAGAGUCGCGUUGGAAAUCGGAAAGCAUCAGAAGAAUUCGCUUGAGUACACUCAUCCAGAAGAGUCGUGAAAGUUCUGCCAAAACAGCUAGAGCAUCUGAAUUGGAUUUAUUCAAUGAUUCCCGAUCCGGAUAUAGUUUGGACAUGGUGUCGAGGCCAUCUACAAGGUACCCUCCCACGUCUGGCGAGAGUAAACGGUCCAGACGAGACCGAGUUUCAAGGGGAGAUAAUAGACAUACAUCACAUUCGCAUCACUUACCGGAUGUACACCGACAAACAAGGAAACGUAGACAGUCUUUAGGGGAAAGUAGGGGGUGUCAGACAUCGCCAAUUUUAUAUCACAAAAUUAACGAUAAUAAACAGGUUACGGAAGAGGUCAAAUCACAGCCAAUUACAGAGGUUGAUGACGAGUUCGAUUACCCUUUGUCACAACUAUUAUUAGAAUACCCCUAUAAUCCUAAAACCAAAGAGAAAGAAACAAAAACGUCAGAGACAGGUACGGAAAUAGCGCUAACGGAUCUCCAGGAGGUACGACGAUCGCAGACAAUUGGUAUAGAUAUUCAUAGCUCAAAUGACGGCGGGAAAAGGAUUUAUGAUGCAGACGGAACUAUCAUCAUUGUAACAGCCUCUUCCGUUAUCAAUGCUGGGGAAACGGUAACACGCACGGACAAAAGGGAUAAUCGCCAAGGCAUUGAUGCCUCCGAACGGAGCAAACCUGAUACUAGCUCUGAAACAAAGGAUCAGAGCAACGUUAAUGACAAACCCAUUUCGAACAAUACCAGCACGCCUAACACUGAUUCACAUAACAAUAAUCAAUUUGAAAAUACCUGCGAAACUCAGGAACCGGAAAAAGGUUUGAGUUGCAGCAAUUUUGCAGCCACUUCAAACGCAAAAAUUGACUCAUCAACGGUUACAACUGCAAAUAAUGCGCUGUCGGAUAGGGUUGACGAAUCUACAGACUUAUCAGUGCCACAUGGUACGUUAAAUUCACUUGAACAGGAGCACAUAUCUGAUGGAACGACACAAAUAGAUAAAUCUGAGGAAAUGGACCCUACUGGUAACCUACCAGGAAAGGACUGUGAAAAUUCGCCAAACAUCGAAACAAGUAAUGAAACAUCGUCUAGCAUUAAUUCGAAUGUUGCACCAACAUCUGAAAAGGACACCAGUGUUGAGCUACAGCUUAAAACAGAUAAUAAUGUUGACCGAUCGCCACAGGACAAAGAUGAAAGUGUUGAACCUUCUACCAACGAAAACGAAAUAAAUGAGUCGUCUUUGGAAAGUGAUCAAGCAUCGUCAGGGAACUCAUUCACGCAAAAACAACAGUGCUGAAACAUCUCCUGAUGCAAACUUUAUUGUUGAAACAUUACCAGACAAAAAUAUAAGUGUUGAAACAUCACAAAACAAAGACGACAAUGUUGAAACGCUGACCAAAGUCUCGACCGAUGAAACUUUACCAGGUAUUGAAAUGAGACCUGAACCCAGCGAAAUCAGCACAUCAGACCAAGACUGGCAAAAUGCAAAAUUGGAAGCACAAACUGAAGACGUUAAAAAUGACCAACGACUUGAUACGUCUAGUGUCGAUGAUCACAACAAACAGGAAAUGAACCAAAAAAUGAAAUCAACGACGCGGAACGACGAUGAAAAAGAUGCUUCUAGACGCGAUACCGUAUUACUAGAGGCAUGUAAAAAGGAGUUAUCGGAAGAGGUCCAACUUGGCCAAGCUGUUCUCAACGUUAUCCAAAUGUGGAAAGACUCCGCUGUGGUACGUUCUAUAAAGAACCAUGAAAAGAAAAACGGCCGUGCUUCAUCCUCCGCUUUUGAAGAUGAAAGGGAGAACUGGAAGUCAUCGUUGAAUGGCCAGCGGUCUAGAAAAUCUUCCGAGAGGGACAGAACUCCAUGUGCUACAGAAAGACAGUACAAGCAACGUUUUAAAAGCGACAACGGCGGCAAAGUCCCAACAAAAGGAAAUUCAAAUUGUGAUACGAAACCCUGGACGAAAUGGCGUCUCUAAUAAAGAAUCUGCUGUUAAAAUUGUGAUAAAACUACCAAAUGGUUCUAAUCCAGCCGUCCCCUGUGAAUAUUCCUGAUGCGACUGAGGCAAACGUCACUCAACCCAGCAACGAGACUGAAGAACCUGAUCACCAAACAAACGUCCAGAGUCCAGAUGUUCCUGAACAGGAACCAGAAGAGGUUCCAAAUCAAGAACCGGAAAAACCUCCUGAUCAGGAACCGUCACCGGAUGUUGUUGAAAUUCCCGUUAAGGAAAUCAGUGAAACCCAAGUGAUUCUACCACCUAUAACAGAACCACUUGCAAGUGAACCUAACCGUGAAUUUAAGAGAUUAAUACAUGUGAACAAUGGCAAACGAAGGGCGCCUUCUCUCAUUUCCAUCCGAAAGGCGACAGUAACUACGGCGUCAAUACGCAUGCGUGAAGUCGACGGAGUGUACUGUAGCAAUAAUGGCGUCUAUAUUGGUCACGACCGAAAAUUAUACAACACUUUUAAAGAUGCAUCACAGACAUCCCGGGUUGAUCAAAUUCUUGAAAACUUCAAAGGAAUGCGGAACGGGAACAUUGGAAAACCAGAGUUUCUUUAUGACCAAGCAAAUGACGAAGUAUUCCAGACUCACCUGGACACCUUCAGGCGAGGAAACUCCCGGAAAUCAAGGAUCAACGGAAGCGUUGUCUUGGCUGCAAGCAAAUUGUACAGUCAAGCACGAACUCGCAAAGCAAAGGCUUAUUCCAACCUCCACAAGAAUCUAACAAGCGCCGUGAACUAUUAAUUACAUUUAUUUAUACUUCAAUAUACUGUAUAUUUAAGUAAAUAAUGUUGUCAUGGUUUCCGACAUAUUUGAUGUCUAACAUGCUGUAUAUGUUUUAUUUGUUCAAUAUUUUCGCGGUUUGCAAAGUUUGGUGCAAAAAGGAAGACUUAAAUUAUGAAACGAAGCAUAAUCUUCAUUAUCAAUUUCAUUGCCUGUGAUACAUAUAUUUUAAACCUUUCUAAAAUUUUUAAAAAUCAUAUUCAUUACGGGAAAUAUAUGAUUUAUUUACUUAUCAAUUAAUUUAUAUACCUAUUUACUUAUCUGUUAAGAUCUAUGUUUUACUCACAUUUUAUCGAUUUUGGUGUAGUACUACGGUUUCGUUUACAAGUUUUUCUCGUUUUUUUGUUAUUUUCUUUUUUUCGGUGGGAAAUAUUUAUGUUCAAAUAUGUUGCAGAUUUCUUCCAGAAUGUAGUCGUGAUCCAGUUUAAAAUACAUUAUCAUUAUACUUUUCUUGCAUCCGUGUCACCUUUUUCAUUGUGAAUACGUACCUGUAAUCUUGAAUAUCAUUGCCUUAUAAAGAAAAGUUUCUCAAAUUUCACAUGAACUUUUUUUUAAUGGGAAUAUCUAUCUGUCUUUUACUACCUAGAGAAAAUCAUCUUGCAUGUGUUUUUGCACAAUAAACGUCAGAACUCAAAUUUCAAUGACGCCAUUACGAGUGUUGACGGAAAUGACCGAUAUGUUACGAUUGCAAUAUAACUAUAUCAUUUGGAGCGGUAUUGUAAUUGUUUGUUGUGCGAUUUAUUGGUUUCAUAAUUGCUGUAACUCAUAGUAUUUAACGAUUGGUAGCGUGGAAGAAAAAAAUACAUGUACAUAUCACCAAUUAAAGCGAGAUGUAGACAGAAAUAUCAGCCAAGAAGAAAAGAUUUAUAAGUUAAGCUCAUGGAAAAGACUCGUUGUAGACUUAUUCAGGUUGAGAUGUCACUGUCUAUAUCGCAGAAGGGGAAGUGCUUUAAGAACUAUUGUUUUAUAUUUUCAUACCAUUUGUAAAACUAGCAUAACAGAUAUAGUCUGUUUUGUAAUUGUUAUUUUUGUCGUGUUUGUUUUUGUAUUAAAUACAAUAAAUGAAAUGGAUGUCUGUUUCCUUUUGACAAUAAAGCAAACGAAAUAAAAUUUAUAU